AUGGUUGAGCUCAAGUCUCUCACUGCUCCAAAAGUUGCGAUUCCAAUUGUUGGACUCAUUGUCUUGCUCGUUGUUUCAACAUUGGUUGCUAUUUUCUAUAUAAGGUAUGAACAAUAGGAAAGGAAAUUGUAUUAAUCUGAAAUUUUCAGAAACCCGGGUGUCACUGACUCAAUCUUUGGAACUUCCACCGAAGAACCGACUACUCCUGCGUCAUUUUCGAUGCAAUCCGCUGAUGGCGAAAUGGAACAUCUCCAGGUAAUAAAUUAUAUUUCAAAAUGUCAUCUGAUUUUUUUCUUCUCACAAUCAUUUCAGAACUCAUCUCCACUUGGUCAAUCCGCUCAUCAAACACCAACAACAACUGCACAUGAUCGUUAGUUUGAAUUUGCGAGAACAGAAAAAAACAUAUAAAAAGCAUGUUGUGUUUUUUGAUCAAAGUGAAUGAUGAUAAAUCUUUCAAAGUUUCAGAUGUUUUAUUUUUCCAGUAGCUACAACCACUUCUUCCUCUCCAAUUAGUACAACAACUUCUUCUCCAGUUACUCAACCUUCUCAACAACUUUCCACACCUUUACAUCCAAUUGAACCAACACAACAUUUAAAAUAA